UCCUCUUGCGUCCCUUUUCCAAAAACGACAACCCUGCUGGAAAAAAACAAAUUAUUGCAAACAAAUCUGAAUUAUCAGAGAAAACUUAAAUAUAAGCUGACAUGGACGACAGCGUAAUACUGCUAGACGAUUCACAGAACAGCGUGGAGAUUGUGGAGGACGACGUCGAGGAUGGGGAGCUGGAGGAUGACAUAGAAUUCGUGCCGUGCGAGGAAGUGACCAAAAAGCAGGUCGAACCUGCCGCCAAAAGUGAGGAAAGUGAAACCAAUAAUUCCAGCCAGGAUUCCCCCGAAGGGCAAGGGGAUACCCUCAUUUUCGAGGUGAGAUUCCGCAGCGAGGAGCACUUCGCCAGUCUGCAGAAACAAAUGCUUCAAGCCCUCCAAAGCACUUUCGGGAACAAGCAAAUGGUCUUCCAGGAAAACCCAGCGGAACUGUCGGUAGCCGCCUUUGAGAAGAGCCAGGCGGCCACAGAGGCGCUGCAAGAGGACUCCCAGGACACCGAAGAUCUCUUCCUGAUCGACACUCAGCCAGCGGUCAAGCUGAAUGCCGCCCAAGUUCCCUCCUACAAACGCUGCAACUCCGACGUCCUGGACGAGCAGACCGAGGCGCGAAAGAAACUGAAGGCGGAGGCGGUCAACAAGUGCUUCCGGCCCAAGGCGCAAUCCUCCUGCUUCAACUGCGGCGACACGGAUCACUCCCUGCGCGAGUGUCCCAAACCCAGGAACAAUACCAGGAUAAUGCGGGCCCGCAAAAAGAACAGCCAGAGAACAGAGCGGUAUCACGUGGACACAGAGCAGCGGUUUGGUCACAUACGCCCGGGAAAGAUAAGCACCAAGACGCGCCAUGCCAUGGGCUACAGCCGCGGCCAGUUGCCGUUCAUGUUCUACCGCUUGAGAGUGCUGGGCUAUCCCCCCGCUUGGCUGGAGGAGGCCAAGGUCCAGAGCUCGGGCAUAGCUCUGUUUAACGCAGAUGGCUCCGAGGUCAUCAAAUCAGACGACGAAGACGGAGAGUCGGACACCUUCAAGUACGACAUCAACAAAAUAGUCGAGUAUCCGGGCUUCAAUGUCCAGCCCUCUGGCAAGUUCUUCGAUGACUUCAAGCACCACAAUGUGCCGCCCUUCCAAGAGGCCCACUCCAAGGCGAACUUUAUCAAAUCGCUGGGCGAAAACGUGAUCAACGGCUACAAGCGCAAGAAGCUGGUGGAUCUGCCCGCCCCACACGACCAAGCUGCCGUCCCCAGCGAGGAGCAGACCAGCUUCGGCGACUACGACAUGGAGCUGGUGGACGAAUCAGAGGAUCCACCACUGCCAGAACUAGCACCUCCGCCGCCACCGCCUCCGCCAGAAGAAGAGGACCAGGAACUCUCCGCUCGCUCACCAUCGCCAAGUCUGGAUGACCUAAAAGCCCAGCAGGAGAAGCUGCUGCAGCAACUGGAGUGUAAUACGUCGCUGGACACGACGGCGAAUGAAUCGAAGUCACAGACUGACCUGGAUGACACCGCUGAGAUUUCGGAACCUGCUGUCAACUCCAAACACAUCGAGCAGACGCAAUCGGCUCCAUCGACUCCAUUCAAGGCCUCCUACGAGGGAACACCGCUGCUGAAAUUCUCCGUCUACGAUCGCCUGCCCGUGGGCGAGAACUUCAAGGUGGGCGUCAGCGAUGUCAUCAACUUUGAGAACCUGCCCGACUCCACGGGAAAGUACGAACAAAUGAAGGGCCUGCUGAAAAACGUGCGCGAAAAGAUGGUUAGGCUGCAGAAUGAGAACUGACGAGUCCCAGGACGAACUCUCGCCCACCAAAUGUACAUUUUAAACACUAAAGCCUCUUGUACAAAACAAAUACAAAACAAACGAUUGUAGUUUUCCAAA